AUGGCAAGUGCGUCCGGCCGCGUGCGGCAGAUCGCCCACACGGCGCGGCAGGUCAUCACGGAGAGCCGGCGGCUGCUCCAGUCGGCGUCCCUCAGCUCCCUGGGCUCCUUCAGCUCGCGAAGAGAGGCGGAGGAGCCGGAGGAGCCGGCGGAGGCGGAGCCGGAGCCGGCGGAGCCCUGCAGGUCGCCCGUUAAGCCCGCGGGGACGGAGCCUGUGGCGGGAUGGAGCUCCCAAGGUGUCUCCAUGCUCGACGAUGAGCAGAUGGCGCUGCAACUGGAGCAAAGAUUUGAGGAGUCGAUGCGAAAGCAUCGCCAAGCCGUCAGAAAGGCGGAGGAGUUGUAUAGCCAGGUGCUUGCCGAGCAGGAGGAGGUGACAAGGUCCUUUGCUGUGGCAAAGCUCAAGGAGGAGGCCAAUGCCUUCAAGCAAGAAGCCAGCAAAGCUGAUGCUCUGUCCCGACAACGGGCGGCGGAGCAGCGCGACUUGAAGCUCAAACUCCAAGGUGCUGUCGACCUCGCCAAGGCUGAUCUUGCAGCUUUGGCCCAGCAGCGCGCGGAGUCGGAGAAGCAGAAGCGCGCAGCAGUCCGGGGAAAGCAAAAGCGCCUCCGUGGGGUCAAGCAAAGUUGUGCCGAGAUGCGUGAGCAGCUGGAGAGCCUGGAGCACCAAAGCCAGGACUCCGAGCGAGGUAUGCAAGCUGCCCAGCAGGCCUUCAACCAUGCCAGACACAGCGCGAUGGAGGUCUCAGCACUGGCAAAGGCAUUAAAGAACCGCGUGCCUGAGGUCGAGACCUCCUGUGACACAGGUGGCUCCGGCGGUGGAGCAGGCGAGCAACAGCUCGCGGCAGCGCAGGAGAGGUGCCUGGAGCUGAAGCAAGAGCUCGCGCUGGCAGUUGAAGCUGAAAUGGAGCCGGUGGAAGUCCCUGCGCAACUGACGGCCGAGCUUGCCGAGUUGAAGGAGGAGCACCAGGAGCUCCUCAAGAGUCGUGACAGCGAGCGCCUUCAGGAGCUGGCUGCUCUUUUGGAAGUGCGCGUCGAGAAGCCUCCAAGGCAACCAGAUGUGUUCGAGGAGCAGCACCUCCAGGAGCUGUGCGAGGUGGAGAUGCGCAUCAGCGGCUUAGAGCUGGAUCACUUGGAGACCUGCGAGGCUGUCCGUGCGGAGCGGCGCGCCGCCCGCGUUGCGGAAGGGGGCGACCUGCCCUCGGAGCCUUCGACCGCGCUGAGGGAGGCCCGGCUCUGCCGGCGCGGCUGGCAGCUGCUGGGGAAGCUGGACCUUACGGAGCUGCCAGCAGUCAUGGGCAACCUACGUCGCCGGCUUGCAGCAGCGCAGGCGUUUCUGGAGGAGCGCAGACAGGUGGGUCUGCAGAGCCCGCGCAAGACGGUGCUGCAGACGGAGCAAUUGGAGCUGCAGCAGGAGGCGCUUGAGCAGCGCCUCCGCGGCCUCGAGCGGUGCGCGGCUUGUGCCGGGGAGCUCCGGCGCCGCCGCCGGGAGGACUUUUUCCGUGGCGCUUCUCUGCGGACGCGCUUGGAGGUUGCACUUAAGGCGGAGAGCGCUAUGGGUGCGGAGCUCGCUGUGGGCCUGGAAGAGGAGUCCAGGCAGGCGACCGCUUGGGCUGCGGCGAAGCUGCGUGCUGAGGCCAAGGAGGCGCAAGAGUGCCGCCGCAUUGCUGCAGAACUUGCAGACGCGGAAGUCACAGAGUGGAGUAGGCGGCGCAUGGGGCUACAGGACGUUGGCGAUGAGCUGGAUGCCCGGCAUCGGCUUUUGCGGCGAGGGAUGGCCUGCGCUGCCGAGGCCUUGGAGUACCAGGGUGACACCAUCGCCCAGCUCCAGGAGGAGGUGGAAGACUGCAAGAAGAUCAGGGCAUGGAUGGAAGUGGCUUCAGAGGCCGAGUCUGCAGCUCUGCACGCGGCGCUUUGCAGCUUGAACGUUGAGAAGGCCGCGGACAAUGGUGAUGGCGACAUCUCUCAGCAUGCUUGA